UCUGCGGCUCAGUCAAUGACUCAGGCAAUAGUCUGUGUUUGAGCAGCGAUUAGUGAAGAUCAAUUUGUGAAACGUUGUAUGGAAACGACGCGUUAGCGAAACGCUGUGUGUAAUUCAAACGAAAUAUAUACAUAUAAUCUAUAUAGUAGACAAUGAAUUUCCUAACACUUUCGGCUACCUUAAUGCUCUUCGCAGCAUGCGUCACGGCAGCUAGUUUGAAUGUUGUCAGCGAGGAUAAUACACCCAGUGCGCCGUUACCGAUCAAUGGCGCUGCUGUCGAUGAAGUGCUGGUUGAGUCUUCGCUCCGUAUCAAGCCAAAAGCCAAUUUGCGUGGCCAGGCGCGACGUGUGCGCAGCAUACCCUUCGAAAUGCCCUUGAACAGCGCCUCAUUGCUGGAGCAUGUGCGUGUCAAGCGUGCGCCACAAUCGGGGCAAUCGCAGGCGACCGCUGCAGCUGAUGCGAACAGUCACUAUUUCGGACCGCAAGGCUCUGGUUCAUCUGCCGCCAAUGCUGGUUCGCAGGCGUUCAACACUUUCAGUCAACUCGGUUCGUUUGGUGCCUCCUCGGCGGGCACACUGACACAAGCUUCGCAGUCGGGUAUUUUUGGUUCUCAAAACUCUGGCGCUGCUUCGAUGAGCCAAGUUUAUAAGCUGCCCAACGGACAGGUGAUCAACUUUGCCAGCACGAAUAGCUUUGCCAAUGGCCCGAAAGGCAAUCAAGCGAACAGCCGUGGUUCAGCGGUGUCUGUUAGUCAAUAAGAGCGCUAAGUUGCAGAAAUACUCAAAAACAAUAAUUAAUUUGUGCAAAUUUGUCAAUAUCGCUGCUUUCAAAUGAAGAAUUAUUAGUAAUUGCUUUCCUUUUCUAACACUUUGAUUUGCACAUUUGAGCUGUCAUUAAUUUAAAAACUGGAAUUUCGAAUUAUUUCACGUCACUGCUGUGCUGACAAAUAAUAAAAAAAUACUGAAGAGA